AUGAAAUCGAUUUUUAUUUCUACUCCGCUUUUUUUUCGUUUCCUUUCAGCAACACCACGUUCGAGUUCGACUGACAUUCAUUCGAAUGCAAAAUGGAUACAGAAUGGUCUUACUGUGGCUGGAGGAAAUGGAUCAGGCAGCGGAAUCAAUCAACUUGCUAACCCAUUCAGUUUGUAUGUCAAUGAUGAUCAAACUAUUUAUGUCGCUGAAUACUCUAAUAAUCGUAUUGUUGAAUGGAAAUGUGGUGCGACGAAUGGCCAAGUGGUUGCCGGUGGAAAUGGAAGUGGAAAUGGAGCUCAUCAAUUAAAUGGUCCACGAGAUGUAAUUAUCGACAAAGAGGGAAAUAGCCUCAUCAUCUGUGAUACCGAGAAUAAAAGAGUAGUUCGAUGGCCUCGUCAAAAUGGUACUAGUGGAGAAACAAUCAUUUCGAAUAUCUAUUGUUGGAGUUUGACAAUGGACGAGAAUGGAUCUCUCUAUGUUGUUGACCUAGGAAAACAUGAAGUAAGACGUUAUAAAGUGGGUGAUACUGAAGGAAUAGUAGUUGCAGGUGGCAAUGGACAAGGAAAUCGUCCUGAUCAACUCUCUAACCCUUGGUACGUAUUUGUCGAUCGAGAUCAUUCAGUGUACGUAUCCGAUGAUGGAAAUCAUCGUGUGAUGAAAUGGGAAGAAGGUGCAAAACAAGGCAUUGUUGUAGCCGGUGGUCAAGGUCAAGGAAAUAGUGUUGCUCAAUUGUCACGUCCUUUUGGACUCGUUGCCGAUCAAUUGGGUACUGUCUAUGUAGCUGAUUUUGAAAAUCAUCGAAUCAUGCGUUGGCCAAAAGGUGCCACACAAGCGAGUGUCAUUGUUGGUGAAAAUGGUCAAGGAGGACAGUCGAAUCAGCUUAGUAAUCCCAUCGGUUUAUCCUUCGACCAACAUGGCAAUCUCUAUGUCGUUGAUCGCAACAAUCAUCGAGUACAAAAAUUUAAUAUCGAUUCAAAUUCAUAG